GCAGGGCUUCACAAACUCUUAGCUGCACCCUUUAAUCAUGACUACAUUUCAAAUAGGCUAAAAGGAAUCUGAAAAGAUCAUGGGGAAUUCAUAUGCAGGGCAACUGAAAUCUGCCCGCUUUGAAGAAGCUCUCCACAACUCCAUAGAAGCUUCUCUGAGAUGCAGCAGUGUUGUCCCACGACCCAUCUUCUCCCAGCUCUACCUGGAUCCUGACCAGCCUCCUUUUCUGCCAGAAGAUGUGAAGCCAAAGGUAGAGGAGCUGGAUAAAGAGUUAGUACAUCGCUAUUCACAAAAUGGAAACCUGGACUUUUCUGCCAACCAAACUAUUACUGAAAUGGAAGAUGAAGAGGAGGAUGAAGACAUGUCAGAUUCAAGUAGCCCACCAAUCCCAUAUUCACAAAAACCUGCCCCAGAAGGGUCUUGCACUACUGAUGGUUUUUGUCAAGCAGGCAAGGAUUUACGGUUAGUGUCUCUGUGCAUGGAGCAAAUUGAGAUCCCAGCAGGUUUCCUGUUAGUAGGAGCCAAAUCUCCCAACCUCCCUGAGCACAUUCUAGUCUGUGCUGUUGACAAGAGGUUUUUGCCAGAUGAUCAUGGAAAAAAUGCACUUUUAGGAUUUUCUGGGAAUUGUAUAGGCUGUGGAGAAAGAGGGUUUCGGUACUUCACAGAGUUUUCCAAUCAUAUCAACCUGAAAUUAACCACUCAGCCAAAGAAGCAGAAGCACUUAAAGUACUACCUAGUAAGAAGCUCUCAAGGUGUACUGUCCAAGGGACCCCUUAUUUGCUGGAAAGAAUGUAGAAGCAGGCAAUCAUCUGCUGCUAACCUCCCUGCUAAACCCAACCCUGCGCUGUCACCGUCCGCGACCCCAGAGGGUGGAUCAGCUAAUGGAUACAAGUCAGGGUUCACUCAGACAGAUUCUUCAGUGUUCAGCCCAGCAAAAUCAUCUUCUGCUGUUGCCUUAAGUGGAGCUGCAGAGCCCUCCCGGAACAGGAGCCUUGUGAAGCCCCUGGCAAUGUCAGUGCAGCUCGUGGGGAAGGCCUUUGCAGCAGCUCCUCUUUCACUGCGUGCCACUGAUGUUGCCAAUGGGAACACGAGUGGGGGCAGGAAUAACACGCUGAGUUCUGCCGUCUCGCGCCCAGUGCCUCACUCAACAUCUCCCAGUCCUGGCUGUGCAACUGGAGAUCAAGCAUCCAUGUCCAGUUCGGGACCACCGAAGAAGCGUCACCGAGGAUGGUCCCCUGGGUCCCCAGUCCCUGCUCCUGGGCUAGCAGUACCUGUUCCUACCAUCCGGCCUUCAGCAAGAGCAGAGCCUCUUUUGUCAGUCCCAGUUCCUCAAUCCAUGUUAACUGGAAUUUUACAGCCUCAACCCAUCCCAGCAGGGGAGACUGUAAUAGUUCCUGAAAACCUACUGAAUAACUCAGGAGUCAGACCAGUGAUUUUGAUAGGUUAUGGCACUUUACCUUAUUUCUAUGGAAAUGUUGGUGAUAUUGUUGUAAGUCCCUUGCUGGUGAAUUGCUACAAGAUGCCACAGCAGGAAAACAAGGAUUUGGAUCUCUUGGGCUUGAGCAGCAGCCAGCUGCUGAGUGUGGAGAAUAUGAUACUUCUGACUAUUCAGUAUCUUGUCCAGCUAGGCCCUGACCAGAUACCCCUGAGGGAAGAGUUUGAGCAGAUCGUGCUGAAGGCCACGCAGGAGCUCCCUCUGAGGGACAGGUCCCUGCAGCUGGGUGCCCAGGGCGUGUCGGUGGCGCCGGGGCAGCUCCCGUGGCUCGCCAGGCUCAUCGCCAGCGUGUCCCGGGACCUCGUGCACGUGGUCGUCACCCACAACUCGCUGGCAGAGGGCAUCUCAGAGACCCUCAGGUCCCUCAAUGAAAUGAAACAUCACCAAAAGCUACCCGACUAUGUAGUGGCUAUCUGUGCAUCAAAGAUAAGAGGCAACGAGUUCUGCGUGGUGGUCCUGGGUCAAUAUCAGUCUCGGGCACUUGCAGAAAGCAUGCUUACCACCAGUGAAUUUUUAAAAGAGAUCAGUUACGAGCUCAUCACAGGGAAAGUUAGUUUCCUGGCAUCACAUUUCAAAAACACAUCUUUAGGUGAUGAUUUGGACAAGCUGCUGGAGAAAAUGCUACAGCAGCGAGGGGAAAGUGUCAUUAUUCCUUUUAAUGGAGAUGUGAGUGAGUGUGUGUCCUCUCAGGAGGCAGUUGCCAUGGUUUCCACACAAGAACCAGAUUUGGAUGUUGACACCUUCCAAAUUUACCAGCCCCAGCUUACAGUUGCCAGAAAGCUCUUGUCCCAGGUUUGUGCUAUAGCAGACAGUGGCAAUCAGAGCCUGGAUCUGGGCCACUUCAGCAAAGUAGACUUCAUUGUCAUAGUCCCCCGUUCGGAGGUCCUGGUGCAGCAGACGCUUCAGCGGAUCCGGCAGUCAGGUGUCCUUGUGGACUUGGGUCUAGAAGACAAUGGGACAGCAUAUCAGAGAGCUGAGAAAUACGUGGUUCGGCUGGACAAUGAGAUCCAGGCAAAAUUUGAAGUUUUCAUGAGACGAGUGAAGCAGAACCCCUAUACCCUGUUUGUGCUGGUUCAUGACAAUGCCCACGUGGACUUUACAAGUGCCAUUUCAAGUUCCCUGUCACAUGGUGAGCCUAGUCAUGGGCUGGCUGAUAGAGUUAUUAAUUGCAGGGAGGUCCUUGAAGCAUUCAACCUCCUUGUUCUUCAGGUCAGCUCUUUUCCUUAUGCCUUGCAAACGCAGCAGUCCAGGAUCAGCUCUAGCAAUGAGGUACACUGGAUACAAUUUGACACUAUGGAUGACACAGCAAGUGAAGACAAGCUGUACUUUGGUUUGAAUGAAUACAGCAAAUCCCUCCAAUGGGGAGUCACAAGUCCCCUUCUGAGAUGUGAUGAAACCUUUGAAAAGAUGGUCAACACACUUUUAGGAAGGUACCCCCGGCUGCACAGCAUGGUCAUCCGCUGCUACCUCCUCAUCCAGCAGUACUCCCAGGCCCUGAUGGCUCUCACCACCACGGCCUCCCUGAGGGACCACAGCACGCCCGAAACCCUCAGCAUCAUGGACGACCUGCUGAGCUCCCCGGGGAGGGACAGGAACGGCUGGGGGCACAUGCUGCUGAUCCGGGUGCCGUCGGUGCAGCUGGCCAUGCUGGCCACGGAGCGGCUGCGGGCGGUGCGGGACAGGCUGGGGCUGCAGUACCGCUUCGAGGUGCUGCUGGGCAGUCCUGCCGCAGAGCUCGCCGUCGCACAGCACUUCCUGGCACGGCUCAAGGCUUGGAGGGGAAACGAGCAGGAUGACUGGAUCCCUCGCACCUACCAGGAUUUGGAAGGUCUCCCUUGCAUUGUGAUCCUGACUGGCAAGGACCCGCUAGGAGAAACCUUCCCCAGGUCACUGAAAUACUGCGACCUUCGGCUAAUCGACUCGAGCUACUUGACUCGCACUGCACUGGAGCAAGAAGUGGGCCUGGCGUGCUGCUACAUCUCCAAGGAGGCAAUUCGAGGGCCUAUUGUAGCUCUUGACCUUAGUGAGAAGGAGCAGGAGAAGGCCAACGGUAGUGAGAAUGACUCUGAUGAGCUGUUGAUAGAUUUGGACCGACCUCAGAGCAACAGCAGCGCUGUCACUGGAACCUCAGGCUCCCUGGCAGACAACGGGGUCAGCUCCUCCAGCACUGCAGACAAGUCCCAGAAGGCAGCGCCA